UCACCCCCCAGCCCAGGGCAGUGCCAUGUGGGGCGGACGCGGCUCACCCGUCACCUCUUCUGGGCACCGCGCGUCGCUGCUGCAGCUGCUGCUGGCGGCGCUGCUGGCGGCGGGGGCGCGGGCCAGCGGCGAGUACUGCCACGGCUGGCUGGACGCGCAGGGCGUCUGGCGCAUCGGCUUCCAGUGCCCCGAGCGCUUCGACGGUGGCGACGCCACCAUCUGCUGUGGCAGCUGUGCGCUGCGCUACUGCUGCUCCAGCGCCGAGGCGCGCCUGGACCAAGGAGGCUGUGACAACGACCGCCAGCAGGGUGUGGGGGAGCCUGGCCGGACAGACAGAGAAGGCCCGGACAGCUCGGCAGUCCCCAUCUAUGUGCCGUUUCUCAUCGUCGGCUCUGUGUUCGUUGCCUUCAUCAUCCUCGGGUCCCUCGUAGCUGCGUGCUGUUGCCGAUGUCUCCGGCCAAAGCAGGAUCCUCAGCAGAGCCGAGCCCCAGGGGGCAACCGCCUGAUGGAGACCAUCCCCAUGAUCCCCAGCGCCAGCACGUCCCGGGGGUCAUCCUCUCGGCAAUCCAGCACAGCUGCCAGUUCCAGCUCCAGCGCGAACUCGGGGGCCCGGGCUCCCCCAACCAGAUCACAGACCAACUGCUGCUUGCCCGAGGGAACCAUGAACAAUGUGUACGUCAACAUGCCCACAAACUUCUCUGUCCUGAACUGUCAGCAGGCCACCCAGAUUGUCCCCCAUCAAGGGCAGUACCUGCACACCCCGUAUGUGGGGUAUGCGGUACAACACGACUCUGUGCCCAUGACGCCAGUGCCCCCAUUCAUGGAUGGCCUGCAGCCCGGCUACAGGCAAGUCCAGCCCUCUUUUGCCCACACCAACAGUGAACAGAAGAUGUACCCUGCAGUGACCGUAUAGCUCGCAGGGCGUGGAGUAGACUCCUUUAUGAGACCAAGCAAAACAAGGCCAGGUUCCAGUGCCAGAAGUCGGCAUGAGUCGGUGGUAUUUUCAUCGGUGCUCUCCUGGAUGACUUCAUGUGUAGGAGAACGUCUCCAGAGCAGCCUCUCUGUGCACGGUUCCUGACUCACAAUGGAAAGACACAGCCCCUGGAGUUGCCACCUGUAUCCUCAAGCAUGUGACAAAUGCUUGAGCCCCUAAGUGCCCUUGAGGUGUGGCUGCCGGAGUCAGAGCUUCUCUGUGGCCAUUGUUUCCUUCUGUUUCAGCUGCACGAGAGAACACCUGUUACCUCCCCUUCACCUAGGCUGGUUUUUAAAUCAGUGUUCAAGGCUGAAAGGAGAUGCAAAUACUAUAAUUAUUAUGAAAAGAAGCCGGUUUGAACUCGGACACUAGUUAGCAGCGAGGCUUGUCUUAAUUUCAUUGUGAAAGAUACAGUUUGUCUAUUUUUAUGCUUUGGGGGGAGCUAUUUUGUGCUAUUUUUUAAUUUGAUAACUGUGUGUAUGAUCAUAUUACGAAGUGAUUUUCUAUGUUAAAGAGAUGAAAAAAUGUAUGUAUCUAAAGAAGACAUUCAGAAUUCUGGGGGGCGGGGUGGCAAUGCUUUUCCAUGGAGCCUUUUUAUUUCCUGGCUCUCCAGUGGCACCUGAGCAGUAAUUUGAUGCUUUUGUAUUGCAAUCAUGAGCUGCCACCUGCUGUGUUCCUAGUUACUUCUGACUUUGCCAUGCGAUGUGGCCUGGGGCUCUUUUUUUCUGCCAGGUUUGGGUUAAGUAGUACCAAGGGCAGGGAAUUAUCGAUGUGUAGAUGAAGAUCGGUAAAAAAUGCAGAGAAAGGUACUGUGGAGAUGCUCAGUACAGGUCUUCAGUCAUCACGGGGACCCCAGACAUGAAUUGCUUUGCAAAUCAGAAGGCUUUUUUAUACUCUUGUUAUCAGAAUGGUCUAUUUUUCCAGCAGCAGGAGCUAGGAAAGUCAGAGGAAAAACUCUCCAAGGAGACACGACUCCUGGGUCUUCAGCAAACUCUGCAAUCACUGCCAAUGUUUUAAGUUAUCAAAUUCAAGUGAAUUUGUAUGUUGAUUACUUAUGGAAAAAAUUAAAUGUGUGUAAGUAAGUUUUCAGCUGCUAGAAAAGCCAAAAUUUGUUCAAUAACUGUGAGGUUUGGUCUUCUGUAGGUCUGGCCACAGCAUCUGUCAUCUGUCCGUCAUCUCAUGAUGACGGGGAUUGGGUGACGUUGUUGGCAACCGGUAUCACCAGAGAUAAGAAUCAAAGAGUUUUCAUAGCCAAAG